UUUCAUCCCCUUAGCAUUAAUCGUUGAGAAUUAGUCAGUGUAAUAAUUUUAUUUUUACGUAGGUUGCAGUCAAAAUUUAAUAAUUUAAAUCAUUUUAAAAGCUUAAUAAGAGUGUUACCAUUAGUUUAAGUUAAAAGAACAACAUAGAAAUAAUGGAGCAUAAGUGAAAAUCACAAAUGAAAUUUUUGCAAUAAAAAAUUAUCAGCAAAGUGAAAAAGGAAAACCCGGAAAACCAGAAAAAGAAGAAAAUCAAUAAAAUGUGGAUUGAAAACAGAAAAUGCGGCGUUGCCAUACACAAUUGGGACGGAAAUGUAAAAUUCGGACUUCCUCUCGAUAUGGGCGAUUUUGUUGAGAUUUAUGAAGAGACUCGUGAUUGGUGGCGAGGAAUUUGCACCAGAAAACCACAAACGAUUGGAAUCUUCCCUAAAAGUUACAUUCAUCUCAAAGAUCUGUCAAAGGAAGAUCCAGUGGUGGCGGAAUGUACACAAGUUCUAAGAGAAUGGUCGGAGAUAUGGAAGAAACUCUUUGUAGAACGUGAAACUUACAAGUUUACAACUCUUCGUAAGGUGAUUUUAUCCCAAUUAGAAAGUCGAAGAGAACUUCUUGGUGCCACUUUAACUCAAGAUCAAACUUUAGAAUUGCAAAUGAAUUUAACAGCAAAAUUAGAUUGGGGAAAUCGAAAACUUGGAUUAGAUUUAGUUCCAAGACAAGGACCAUUGGCUGUCAAUCCAACAGAAAUAGGAAUUGUAGCACUUCAUAAUGUUCAUAUGACAUGCGAUGAAACAGCAAAAAACACUUCGAGUCGUGGAACAUUGCGAAGGAAGGCACCAAAAAAAAUUCUUACUCAUCAUCUCUACUUGAGUAUGCGUGACUUUGGUUAUCGUAUUGGUGACGAUGCUGAAAUUUAUUUCUUCCUCUACGAUGCACAUCCAUCACGUCAACGUCAAAUUACGGAACGUUUUGUGGUCAAAAUUUCUCGAGACGGCUUUUCAACCUACGUUGAUAUGCCUCACAGUAAUUGCACAGUUUUCACGGAUCUUGGUGAAGCUGAACUCAAUUCCGAUCUCUACCUUGUUGCUAAUGUUAUGCGUGUUGGGAAAAUAGCAUUUUCUGAAUCAUCAAUGCGAAAAAUGGAUAAAAGUUCGGUGUAUCAAAACUAUCGUCGUCCUUACGGUGUUGGAGUGUUUCCACUCACAGAUUUAAAGCAAUUUGAUGGUUCAAUGGAACCGGAAGAACGUGACUCAACAUUUAAGAUUUUCUCAUGUGAAGAAAAAGAUUAUCAUCAACUUCAUGAACUGAUUAUUAAGAAAGUAACUGGAAAAAUUACAUCAUUGAAUGCUGCAGGAACAAAUUACGGAAUUUCUGUUUCAUUUCGACUUAUUCAAGGUGGUCUCGGUCAAGCACAAAUCGACCAACCGCUGUUGUUUCAAGGAACAAUAACUAGAAAAAUGGGAUUUCCUGAUGUCGUUUUACCAGGCGAUGUCCGUAAUGAUCUCUUUAUAACAUUGGAUCAUGGCGAGUUUGAACGUGGCGGUAAAUCAACAGCAAAAAAUAUUGAAGUCAGUGUUUUGGUUUGUGAUUCAGCUGGAAAUAAUUUAAAUGAGUCGUUGAGUGGCGGUGCUGGAAUGGAAAAUCAUUUAUAUUAUCGAUCAAUGAUAAUUUAUCAUAAUAACUCACCAUGGUGGAAUGAAACGUUACGUUUAAUGGUUCCAAUAGAGAAAUUCUCAACAGCUCAUAUUCGCUUUGAAUUUCGUCAUUGCUCGACACGCGAUAAAACGGAACCGAAAAUGUUUGGCUUUAGCUUUUGUCGUUUAAUGGAACAAGAUGGUGCGACGAUAGCUGAUGGUGGUCAUGAGUUGUUUGUUUAUAAAUGUGAAGAUCAUUCAAAGUUACAAGGCGGACAUUAUUUGAAGCUUCCUUGCUCGUCUGUUGACGAACAAGCACAACCUGAUGUCAUUCCAAUGUUUGCAAGAAGUGGAAAAGAAACAUUUUUCUUGAAGUCGCUUUUAUGUUCAACAAAACUCACACAAAAUGGUGAUUUGUUGUCACUUCUUCAAUGGCGUAAUCAUCCGGAGAAAAUUCAAGACUCAUUGACAAGAGUUUUACGAUUGAAAGACGAAGAACUUGUGAAAUUUCUUCAAGAUGUUCUUGACGCUCUCUUUGCUCUUUUCUCAACUGAAGAUGGCAACAGUACUGAACAUUCUGGUCUUGUUUUUCACGUUCUUGUCAGCAUCUUUAGUCUUCUGCAAAGCAAUAAAUUCCAACAUUUUAAACCCGUCAUUGACACUUACAUCGAGAAUCAUUUUGCUGCUGCUUUGGUCUACAAAGGUUUACUUUCAUCAGUUCAACAUUGCGCUGAAUGGUUAACAACAUCCGAUCGUCCGGAACCGAUUCAAAAAUGUUUCGAAUCGAUUGAAUAUAUUUUCAAAUUGAUUAUACAGUCGAGGAAGCUUUUCGCUGAUGCAACCGGUGGACAAUUUGAAGAAUCGUUUCGACGUGAUUUUCAAAUGGUUUUUAUAUCAUUGGAUCAAAUGCUAGCAGCACCCAGUACGGAAACGACAUUACCAACACAGGAAGCGAUGCUUGAUGCGACUGGUGUUGUGAUGGAACAGCUGGAAAAUACGCUUCCGCCUGGUGACAUUGGAGUGUUGAUAAGAAAUUUAAUUGAUGCAGUUCCACGCGAUGCAAAUCCAAAUUUAACAAAAGCAAAGCUUCGUGCAUUGAAAGAUCUCGUAAGUGGAAAAUUAUUCCAUAACAAUGACGACACUCGUUCCAUCAUUUUGGUUAUUGCAUGUAAGCAUCUGGCUUAUCAUUUGAGUAAACGUGACGAGCUUAAGCUUUGUGCAGAAAUUAUUGGUGAAAUUUUAAUUCACUUGAAUGAGUUGAAAAGGAAACGACAUGAGAAUAUCGAUUUGGAACUUUUUGAGCUUUGUCGUAAUAUUUUAAGCGUACUCACAGAGACUGUUAUGAUAAUUUUAACAGCAUCACCGAACGUCUUAUCGUCUUUGAUUGCUGUUCUUCUUGGAUUACUUGAACUCAUGGAAGAAGAUCAUUAUCAGGAAGUUUUCUCUGAACUAAGUAUUUGUGGUGAAACGAAGGAAUUGAAAGAUUUUCUUCAUCGCUCUCUACUCGUCUUUAAGGAACUUUUAUCUCAAGACGUCUUUCCAAACGAUUGGCUCGUUAUGAAAAUGUCAGCAAACGACAUCAUACGAAAGGCUUUAGAAGAGUUUGCAAAACCUUUGGUUUAUCGUUUUCUCGGUCCCAAUUCGUUUGAUUCACAACUUUGGUGUUCGUAUUUUAGUCUUGCUGUGACUUUUCUCACACAGCCCAGUCUUCAACUUGAGCAUUAUCACGAAGCAAAACGUCGUAAGAUUCUCAAUACUUAUCAAGAUAUGAGAGUUAGCAUGGGACUUCAAAUAUUGUCAAUGUGGAGUCAACUUGGUAAUCAUAAACUUCACUUUAUUCCAUCAAUGGUUGGGCCAUUCCUAGAAGUGACACUCGUGCCAGAACCAGCACUUCGCAAAGCAACGUUAUCUGUUUUCUACGACAUGAUGCAAUGUGAACAAGCAGCACGUGGAAACUUUCGAUUAGUUGAAAGUGAAUUGAUUGACAAAUUGGAUCUCUUGAUAAGUGAAAACAAAGGCGAUGAUGAAUAUCGAGAAUUAUUCAGUACAAUGUUACUUGAACAUGUUGAAGCUGAAAAUCCACCAUGGCGUGAAACGGGAAUUGCAUUCAUAAACUCAGUAACACAACUUCUCGAACGUCUUUUAGACUAUCGCAGUGUCAUGCAAGGAGACGAGAAUCGCGACAAGAGAAUGACAUGCACAGUGAAUUUACUGAAUUUCUACAAGACCGAGUUUAAUCGAAAGGAAAUGUAUUUGAGGUACAUUUACAAGUUACACGACUUGCACUGCAAUGCAGAAAACUUUAUUGAAGCUGGUUUCACGCUCAAACUUUAUGCUGACAUGCUGAGUUGGGAUAACGAUACUUUAACUUUCCUUCCACAUGACAACAACGGCCAACCUGAAUGGAAACGUAAAGAAAAACUUUAUCAACAAAUCAUUAACUACUUUGACAAAGGCAAGUGUUGGGAGAAAGGCGUUCCAUUGUGCAAAGAGUUGUCACAUUUUUACGAGACGAAGUUAUAUGACUACAAUAAGUUAAGCGACGUUCUGACAACCGAAGCGAAAUUCUUUCAAAAUAUUUUAACACAAAUCCGACCGGAACCAGAAUAUUUUCGAGUUGGCUUCUUCGGAAAAGGUUUUCCUUUGUUCGUUCGGAACAAACAAUUUGUGUAUCGUGGUCUUGAAUAUGAGAGAAUUGGAGCUUUCACUCAAAGAUUGCAAACUGAAUUUGCAUCAGCUCAACUUUACACAAAGAAUUCCCCACCAGAUGCUUCAAUAAUGAACUCUAACGAACAAUAUUGUCAAAUCAGCACUGUUCGACCAAUAAGCGAUAAAAAUCAUCUCAAGAAUGCAACAAAUGUUGUACCAGAUAAAAUUGCGAGAUAUUACGAAGUUAACGAUGUGUUUAAGUUCCAACAUGAUCGUCCUAUUCAUAAAGGUGUCAUUGACAAGAAUAACGAAUUUAAAUCGUUAUGGAUUGAAAGGACUUUCAUCGAAAUCAACGAAUCACUUCCGAAUAUUCUUCGAUGGUUUGAAAUCAAACGUCAAAGUGUUCGAGACCUUCCACCUGUUGAAGUGGCAUGUGAAACGAUGUCAAACACUUUAAAAGAAUUGGAAGAUUUAAUGAAUCAAUAUAAACUUGAUAACAAACGUAACUUGAAUCCAUUCACAAUGAGAUUGAAAGGAACAAUCGAUGCGAAUGUUCAAGGUGGAAUUCCAAAGUAUCAAGAAGCGUUCUUCUCUGAUGCUUAUCUCAACUCUCCGGAAGGUAAAGAUCCAAAUGUUCAAAGACUUCGCAGUCUCAUCAUCAAUAUUAUGCAAGUUCUUGAAAAUGCUUUGGAAUUGCAUGGAAAAUUAGCACCAACAGAAGUUCAACCACUUCAUAAAAUGCUCGUUGAACGUUUCAAUCAUUUCCGUGAGAGUUUAAAUUGUUGGGGUAAAGUUCGUCGUCAAAAGUCUGAAAGUAUCAUUAACACUCCACUUCCACCGCUUCCAAUUUCUGUUCAAAGAAGUGACUAUGAACAUGACGAUACUUAUUCGCAAAUAAAAAGCUUCAACGGCCAUGGAAGCGUGAAUCGAAAGUCACUUGAACUUCCUGAAAUUUCACCUUGUUUAAGUGAAAUUCCAUCACGACCAUCGAAAGGAAGUUUCGAUUAUGUGAACAGCCCUGAAGUUCCACCGAAAUAUGGAAGUGCUGGAGCACCUCCACUUCCACCUCGUUACACUCCUGACAAACGAAUGUCAAAUCCGCAAUUCUUCGACUCCCCUGGCGAUGCUCCAAACAUUCCACGACGAAGUCAACGAAUGUCAUACUCAGUUGUUGACAUUUAUCCUGAUUCAGAACUUGAUUUUGAUCGUGAAUCCGAUACUAUGAUGAUUCAACGUGAUUCAGGAAUUUCGACAAACUCCAAUCAAGAAACAAACAACAACAAUAAUGGUUACUCGAGCACGAGUUCGUUACCAAAAAUAAGUGGCUAUCACUUACCGCAAGGUUUACGUGGACAUCAGAAGACAAGUUCAAAUCCUGAAGAUUUUAUUCACCAAAAUAUGGAAAACUUACACCAACAAGUUCAUCAACUGAGUUCGAAUGAUUCGAUGGAGUCACGAAUGCCACCAGCAUUACCACCAAAAGGUUUUAACAGCAAUCAAAGUUAUGAAGAUGAGGAAAGCUUUACAAAUGUUUCCUCGGAUUCAACAUCUGAGAGUUUACCACUUCCACCGAUUCCUCCAAUUCAACAGCAUUUCUCUAAUGAGAAUGGCAAUUGUCAAACCGUUCCUUGUUGUGAUUAUGUCGCUGAACAAGAAACUCUUCCGUGUUGUGUGCCAAAUGUCAUAGAUCGCAAUGAAAACGAUUGUGAAGAAUGUUUUUGCGACAAUCCGCCACCAACAAGUCAACCAUGUUGGCAAACUGGACAGUAAACAAUCGCACAAAUGUAGAACUUGGUUUUUAACUCAAAUCUAACGAAUGAUAUUUUAAUCUCAUACAAUUUACCACUUCCUUAAUCCAAAUAUUAAACCAAAUUCGAAUUAAUAUUUAUGAUAUUAAUAUUAAAUUAACUAAUAAUUAGAUCCAAGAUGAAUUAAGAUUAUUCUAUGACAGUAUUCGAUUGACGCUUAAUCAGGGAAGCAACUUGAAUUAAAAAUUUUAAAGCUCUUUGAAAUCUCUGUUUAGAUAAAUGCAAGGAAUGUAAGUUUAAAGCUUAUUUAAGUUGUAAACAUGAUUUGAAGCUUAAUUAAGGAUUUGAAAUGAGACUUUUUUAUAUCUUUUUUUGAUAACGAAAAUUGAAUGUUUGAGUGAUUUAGAAUGUUGUGAUGGAAAUCAGUCUAAGAGAUGAGAAGCAUUUGUCAAAGCAUUUUGAAAGUCUAGCGAUGCAUGACAUUUUUCAAUCAUUAAUAUUCUAACGAUUUGAAAAUAUUUCGCAUGCUUUGUGAAGUGUAUCUGCAUCAAUGAUUGAUUUCCAAAGCAAUAUAAAAAUAAUAAAUCGAAAUACGAAAGAAAAUUGUAGUCAAAAAAUGUUUUCCAAUUUAUCUUUAUGUGAAAUUUCCAAAGAAUUCGAAUUGUGUAAAAUGUGGAAUUUUUUUUAUCGCUAGUCAUGGAAAAUAAAAAUAAAGUUCGUAUGGAAACAA